AAAGCAACGCCCAUCACCGAAUAUGUUGAGCAUAUGCCCACUUGUCCACUCAGACUUGUAGAUAAACAACAAAAUGGACAAGUUUAGCUGGCGUACUCUAAUUGUGUUUCUCUUCUCUCUGAUAGAACUAUGCACAUCUCAAGCACCCUCCCUAGCUCGAGCUCUCCUGCCUAGCUACAGGGUUAACCCCUCCACCUCGCCAUUCUUCUCGUACUGCUCGUUUAAUGGUGACCCCACACCACAAAUUUCAUGGAGCUUUGAAGGACAAAUGUUGCCCACGGACAGUUCUCAGGGAGGUCCCUAUUACAUUCCAGCCACGGGAGUCCUGGUGCUUAGUGGAGCCAGCUCCGGCAUGUACACGUGUACAGGAAUGAAUCAGCUUGGGAUGGACAGUCAAACCAUCACCAUCACUAUAGUCGGACGGAUCACAACCGCCCCCUGGUAUUUGAUGCCAUACAUGUGGUUCGUGUAUAUAUUGAUUGUCUGGGCCAUCUGUGUCGUUCUCAUGGUUCUUCUGUUCUACUACAAGAAGAAACGAGCUGAAGCUGACUUGGCCCCUGUAGACUCCUGGCUGGGCAAUUAACUCACUUAAUAAUAUUAAACGAUUACUUUAUUUUAACAACAAUGUUUUUUACCAUUAAUAAUUUUAAGAUAUGUAAAAAGUACACGACAAACCCGACAUUGUAUCGAACAUUAUUACUGAA